CUGCAGACUCAACUCACUUAACCGAAAGCAGACAUGGCGGCAUGGUUUUAUCAUUUGCACAUGACCUUUGGGCUACUUUCUGCCACCAAGUGGCAUCCGAACCUCAUGAUUCGUCAAAUUUAGACUUCACUUCACUCUGCAGCCUGAAGGAAGCCAGUCGUCUCCCCGUUAUCAGAAACUCCCAACAUGAAGAACUUCUUGGCCAGCGUGGGCUUUAAUAACUUCACCAUCUUCACUGCCAUCCUGGCGAGCUUCACCUACAACUUCCUACUGGAGAAAUCUCUGAAGUGUCCCUGCGGUGACACCAAAUGGACUUGCUGCUCCCACAUGGUGAUGCCGCCCGCCAUCAUUCUGCUGCUGAUGCUCAUCGUACUCAGCAUAGUCCAGGCUCCGUUCUCAGCCCGCCAUGUGGUGAAAGCUUCUUUCGUUGCUCUGCUGUGGGUCGUUGACGUGUUCAACGAUGGAGAGUGGUACGUGUGCUGCUGGAGCGAUCAGCCAGAGCAGCUGUCUUGCAAAAACCAAAGCAAUGUCACGGCCAACCAAGAGGAGACGAUCAAGGAGAAAUCCAGGUCCAUUGCCCUCUGCGGACUCCUGGUUCUUAUUGUUUUGGCAUUUAUAUGUUGCCUCCUGAUGCAAAGGUGGGAGCAACAGCAGGAGCAACAACAGGGGCAACAGCAGGGGCAACAGCAGGAGCAACAACAGGGGCAACAGCAGGAGCAACAACAGGAGCAACAGCAGAAGCAACAGAAUGGGCAACAAGAGGGGCAAGAGCAGCAAGAGGGGCAACAGAAGAAGCAACAGAAGGAGCAACAGAAGGAGCAACAGCAAGAGCAAAAACAGGAGCAACAGAAUGGUCAACAAGAGGAGCAACAGCAGGGAAUACAGCAGGGACAACAACAGAAGCAACAGAAUGAGCAACAAGAGGGGCAACAGCAGGAGCAACAAGAGGGGCAACAGCAGGGACAACAAGAGGAGCAACAGAAGGAGCAACAAGAGGGGCAACAAAAGGAGCAACAAAAGGGGCAACAGCAGGAGCAACAAGAGGGGCAACAGCAGGAGCAACAAAAGGGGCAACAGCAGGAGCAACAAGAGGGGCAACAGCAGGAGCAACAAGAGGGGCAACAGCAGGAGCAACAAGAGGGGCAACAGAAGGAGCAACAGCAAGAGCAACAAAAGGAGCAACAGCAGGGAAUACAGCAGGGGCAACAGCAGGAUCAACAACAGAAGCAACAGAAUGAGCAACAAGAGGGGCAACAGAAGGAGCAACAGCAGGAGCAACAGCAGGAGUAGCAGCAGGUGCAGCAAUCAGAAAGGCAAAAACAGGAGGAGGAAGUACAGGGACAACGGAACAUCAAACAGCAGCUCCAACAGGGGGAGCAAUUACAAGGAGAACGACAGGAGGAGCAACAUGAGGAGCAACAUUAGGAACAGCAGGAGGAGCAACUGGGGAAGCAACAUGUAAAGCAUCGGUGGAUUGAAUCGAUAGUGAAAUAUUCAGAGCACACUUUGUAUUCUAUCGUCUCUUAACUUCUUGACCAUCUACCAUUUCAUUUCAUUUUAUAUUUAAUCUCAUAUCUAAACUUUAUGCAAUCUACUCUACAAUCUGUAAUCGAUAAUCAAAUAUACUAAAACUUCAAUGAUCUGAUGUACGUUAUAAUAAAGAGAUGUAAUCUGUAGUUUAAUGUGUUUCAAUGUCUUUGAGCCCAUGAAUGUUUCCUUCGUGGCUGUUUGAAUGAAUUUAUGUGGACUACAACUGAAUUAAUGCAAU